CCCUAACCCACGACGAUCUAGCGAAGAAGCCAGGGAGAGCGGUUCGUGAUCAGUCUGCCAAGAUGCAGAUCUUCGUCAAGACCCUGACCGGGAAGACGAUCACCCUCGAGGUCGAGAGCAGCGACACCAUCGACAACGUUAAGGCCAAAAUCCAGGACAAAGAAGGCAUCCCACCGGACCAGCAGCGCCUCAUCUUCGCGGGGAAGCAGCUGGAGGACGGGCGCACCCUGGCCGACUACAACAUCCAGAAGGAGUCGACGCUGCACCUGGUGCUUCGCCUCCGCGGCGGCACCAGGGGCGGCUACAUCAUCCAGGAGCCCAGCCUGCUGCAGCUCGCCCUCAAGUACAGGGAGAAGAAGAUGGUCUGCCGCAAGUGCUAUGCGCGGCUUCCCGCGAGGGCGACCAACUGCCGCAAGAAGAAGUGCGGCCACACCAACCAGCUCAGGCCCAAGAAGAGGUUCGUCAGCAAGACCUCCAUGUGAAGAAUCAAGGGGAGCCGUACGUGUGCUGCGCGCGGUUGAAUAAGUUGUGCGAUUUGUGUUGUUAGGUUAUAUAUACUCCUAGUUUGAAGUUUUAGGCCAUGCCUAGUUGAAUCUUUUACUGUAUAUGAAUCGAGCGAUUGUCAGUAUGGAGGAACUCGUCA